UUCAUACGGUUUCAAUUUCAGUUCAAUUACUACAGUUGCGAAUUCAGAUCGAAUCGAUCGGUUCGACUUUGAUCAUCCUUGCCAACAAUUAGCUCUUCUCAGAGACUCAGACUGCAAUACCAGAACUUAAGACUACACUUGUACAUAAUCUUACUAGCAAAUUGAAGAUUGGAAUUGAGAGAUAGAUGGCUUGUGUUGCUUUAUCUUCUCUCAUUGGAAGCAUUGAGAUUGAGUUUCUACAACCCACCCCAAGGGUGAGUGUGUCUCCUCAUGAUCAACUACCAAUCAUUUCAUUACUUGCAAAUCUGUAUUCUUUGCAAGCCCUUCUCCAGAAGGAAUCCAGUGGUGAAGGUGAUGGUGAUGGUGAUGCAGUACUCAAAGUCAGAGAUUUAGAAGUGGAAAUCAGAGAGUUUGCACUCAAAGCUGAAGACGACAUUGAACUACACCUUAGCAACUUCAUCCUUCAUCAACACGGAGAAAAAGCUGCAGCUUCCCAUCAACUCCUCCUCCAUCAAACUUUGAAAGAAGCUGCAAAAUAUGCAACAGACCUGUUGUACUCAUCAAAAAUGUGUAGUGUUGCUUUAACUAGUCUCAUCAAAAAAAUUGAGCAAUACUUCCCAAAGGUGUAUGGUUUUGAUGAUAAAGCAGCAAUAACAAUGGCAUAUUUCUCACAGCAACUUUCUACCCUGCGAGGCUGCUUAUUGAAGGAGAGGAAUUCCAAUAAUUCUGGUGCUGCAAUCAAAGAAUUGGAAACCAGAAUCACAAACUUCGCACUCAAAGCUGAAGAUGACCUCCAAAUACAAUUAAAAGAUUUCCUUCAAGCCAAACACACCGGACGUCUAAAAAAAGCUUCCCAGAAACUCCAUCACACCUUGCAAGAAGCAGCAGAAAGCGUACAAGAGUUGUUGAACAUAAUCAAAAGUAGAAGCAGCAAUGAUGAUGAUGAUGAUGAGGCAAAUCAAACUCAACCAUCAAAUACUUGGUUAAAACAUGCUAGCUCUACGAAUGUUGAAUCUGAUGGAUCCACCUCGCACGGCUUUCUAAAGCCUGAGGGCAGAAUGGUUGGUCGUCACCAUGAUUGUAGAGUGAUAAAGGACCAACUCUUUUCUCAAAAUUAUGCCAUACCAGGUAUAUUCUCAAUUGUUGGAAUGGUGGGUAUUGGAAAGACGACUGUAGCAAGAAAUGUGUAUGAAGAUCCAUCAGUUGCAUCCUAUUUUGAUGUAAGAGGUUGGGUUACUGUACCUCAACAGUACAAUAAGAGCGGAAUACUAAGCCAACUUCUUCACUCAAUUACACCAGUAGAAGAGCCAAAUGUAAUUAAAAAGGGAAGCACUCCUCAUGAAGUAGCAAUGCAGGUACACAAAUGCUUUGGUGGUAAGAAGUAUCUAAUUGUUUUGGACAACAUUAUGAGCAAGCAAACUUGGGAGCAAGCUUGGACUGACGUAAGAGAUUGUGUUUUUAAUGGAUUAGUUGGAAGUUGCAUAUUACUAGUGACUAGACACUUAGACCUAAAAGUCCAUACCCAUAAGAUGACUCUGCUAGAUCCAAAAGAAAGCUGGGAGCUAUUUUGUAAUAUCCUUUCUAUUGAUGAAGAGCACUUGGCCCCUAAAUUUGAAAAAAUUAGGAACCGUGUUGUGGAGAAAUGUGAUGGAUUACCCCAGUUAAUUGUUGAAGUUGCCAAGCGUUUAUCUAAAUGCAACAACAUACAACAAGGGUGGGAAAAGAUUGAAAAGGAAUUAGAGUCAUUGGGACUUCUAGAUCGCAAUGCACUCAGUGUUAGUUAUAAUAUGUUGCCACAUCAUUUGAAAGUCUGCUUUCUAUAUUUUGGAGUCUUCCCAAAACGUAAAAAAAUUCUGGUUAAAAUGCUUAUAAGGUUGUGGAUUGCCGAGGGAUUUGUGAAGCCAUUAUUGAAACAUAAGGAGUUAGAAGAUGAAGCUUAUGGGUACUUACAAGAGCUUACUGACAGAAGUAUUCUCUUAAUUGAAGAUCAAAGUUGUAUCAGCGAAAUAAAGACUUGUAGAAUGCACAGUGCCUUACAUAGCUUCUGCGUAGGAGAAUCUCAAAAAGAAGGUAUUUUAUGUGCAGUAAAUACUCAGCAACAUUCAGGAUUAUCAUUAAAAACAUUUACAAAUUCCUGUCGUUGGCUAAGUUCUUACUCACAUAGUUUUGACUAUUAUGUGCUCUUUGGUACCAACAUCCCUCGCUCCAUUUUCUUCUUUCUUGAAAAUCCUGAAAUGUUUGUUCCUCCCAAGCUAUUAAGAGUUUUAGCUUUUGAUACUUGUAUAUCACUUCAAAGAGUGCCAGUGCAAUUAGGAGGUUUAGCUUUUCUGAGAUACCUAUCCAUAACACAAUGGUUUGAGGAUUUGGAUGAUGUCGUGUCAAAUAAUCCAAAUUUAGAGACACUUGUUGUUUAUGGUAAUGGAGCACCAACAGUCCAUUUGCCAUCUAGUAUUUGGAAGCCGCCAAACUUAAGGCAUCUCGAACUUGGCAAUUCAUAUAUGGUAGAUCCUCCAAGUGCAAAUAUGUUGAGAUCAAAAUCCUUGGCCCCGAAUAUGAUGACUCACAGAAUACACAUACAAAAUUGUCUAUGUAAGAUGACUUGGGCGGCCAGCCUCAUAGUAAAUAACUGUUGGAAAAGGAUGCCAAAUAAUUUCCUAUGUUACAAUUUGGAGUCAAUUGCGUUGGAGGGGUGUAACUCUUCCCUUGUCGCUUCUGCCAAGCAGUUACAAUGGAAGAAAAAGUCGGAGGGGUGUCACUCUUCCCUUGUCCUUCUUCCAAUCAGUUUCAAGAGAGGAUACAUGGAUUUAAAGAUCAAAACAUACGGGCUUGAAUAUGAGGAAUCACCGUAUCCACAUGUAAAAGAGGACAUGUCAGACAUCAUAUAUAGUGAGCUAGCUAAGUGCUAUAUAUUAGAAAAAUGGCUAGACCGGGCAUUAAGGAUAAACUUCCUCAACCCCAGCAUAUAAAAGAUGCAGUAUCGUCAGAUCUGGUUUUGGCAAUAUGGUAUUUUCAAUGCAAUGGAUAGCUCAAUAGCUACUAUCUUCGGUCAACAUACUAUUGCAGAGUAUCCAAAAUAUGCUAAUAGAUGGCAUUGAAACACAGACUAAGGAACCUCCUCUCAGGUGGACAAUUUAAUGGUCAGUUUUUUCCUCAGAAGGAAGGAGAUGCAUGCUGGUGAGUGGUGAUCAAUACCAGUAUGCUUAAUUGAGUAAACUAAUAUUAAUGGUUUUCAAAGGAUUCAUGUUGGUGGCUAUAGCAGGAAAGUUUGUUCAUCUGGUGCUUAUAUGAGAUGAUGAUGUGAGUGUAAAUAAUUCUUUGUUUUGAUAUGAUUUUGCCCAAAAUUAUUUUUUGAAUUAUAUUGGUAGUGCUCAAGCCAUUGGAGAUGUUGAGAUAAGAGGAAUUGGUUGGUUACUUUGUUCUGCCUCUGGCUGAUUGAUAUUGAUUUACAAGGUGAGUAUAAUAUUAUUCUGAAAACUUCUCUUAUUAGAGUUGAUUGCAAAUUACCUGUAUUGCUUCAAACCAAAGAUUGAUAAUGAUCUUGGUUUUAAAGAAUGGAUC